AUGGCAGCCAAUACACCUCCCUUGUCAUGGAAAGAGCAUUACGACCAACAAUACAACCACCUCGUCCAGAUACGUUUCAACAAGAUCUGCAGUGAAAGAGACUCUGCCAUUACAAUCAACAAGCAGCUCAGGAAUGCCAACUCAGGCUGCUGGCACAUCAUCGCCAACAAGCAACUUGAGAUCGACGCCCUACAUGCUAAGGUUGCUGCCCUGCACGGCACAAAUCGGCGACUGCAACAAGAUCUGAACACCGAGAGACAGACAAUCAGGAAUAUCAGGGAUAUGACAGGCAAUGGUUCGGAAAGAGUGACCCGUCAAAACACGAGCCCUCAGCACAACACACCAACGCCAGCAACAAAGAAGCCCCGCGAAGUUAUCAACACUGAUGACCUAUUGGUAUCUACGUCCAAAGACUACCCAAAGGACGAUACCACGACCCCAGACGAUGUCACAGCUGAUCCAGAGACUGGUCCGCAAGUCAUCGAAAAUGACAACGCUGAAGUCCCACAGCCAGCAUCCAAGAAGAAGAGGAAAAAAUGGACCAAGGUUGUCGUCGAGAACACAAGCGCAGCGAAGAGACCUCGUAGGGAGCCCAAGCCUGCUGUGCAACCCAAGGCAGCAGGCGUCAGCCAAGCCGCGGAUGUGAGCAUCCCAAAAUUCUUUGUGAGCCACAUGAACGAGAUUGUCAAUGAGGAUGGCGAACCCCUUUCCGAAGACAUUCAAGCCGAUUUCAGACAACAGAUGGACGAGCUUUCCACCAAAACCACAUGUCCCCGCGGUCACUGGAGGUUUGCGAACAGAAAAGGAAAAUGUGUGAAAUGCCAGCUUUUUACCAAGACCUCUCUUUGGACUAUCGAAGGGCCGCGUCAAUACGCAUGCAAGACGUGCGCCAAUUCCAACACGUUUUGCGUUUUCUGGAACGAAGACGUCUCGAAAUAUCAAGUUCUGCCAUUGCCGCCCCAAUUUGCAGGAGAGGGGCUUCUUCGAUUCAAAGCUGAAUCUGGCAAAGUACUUAGCCGGACUCCAGAAGGCAAGAAAGUGUGGCCAAAGAUUUGA